AUGGUGUUUGCUUGCCAGCGAUCAACACUUGGCAGUCAGCGUCGAUGUGAUGCUGAUGAAUUGACCUGUGCUAGAGUGCAUACUUUGAGUAAAAGCGACUCACCUUCCACUGGAGUGUUUGCCACGCUAGAGGGUGGAGGUGAGGAGGGGACGAAAGCGAUGCGAAUAGGGGACACCUCCACAACGGAGGCGGUGUGCAAAAAGGUUGAGAUCGGGAUCGUAUACUUGGUGGGCGAAGUGUGGCUCAAAUCUGUCGAUGCUCUGCUCUCUCGAACCGCCUCCUUCUUGUGGGGUCAAGACUUCGAGCUUGUAAGAUGGUGGCUCUGGUUCUCAAAGCAAUUUCUAAAUUGCCGGUGCAGGCGCAAUGGGAAGAGAGGUCUCCUUUUAUGCCUCCCAAGGGAAUGCCCUCUCGAGAGCGAAAGUUGA